AUGUAUCCUUUAUCAUUCUCUUCUUCUUUCCCUUCUUCUCUCUUUUCGACGACUAUUUCUCUCCUUCCUCCAACUCCCUCUCUUUCUACUUCUAUUCCUGUUCCGCCUACUCCUCCUCCUGCAUUGCUCCCUCCUUCUUCUUCUGUUCUUUCUUCCUUUUCUAAUUUUUUUUUCCUACUCCUACUCCUAUUUCUGCUUCUUCUCCUGCUCCAGGCCACCUCAUCCUCUCUUCAUUCUCCUGCUCCUUCUUCUUUCUUGUCUGCUACUCUUUCUCUCCCUCCUCCAGCUUCUUUUUCUUCUACUAUUCCUGCUCAUCCUACUUCUGUUCUCCUCCUCUCAUUCUCCUUCUUCUGUUCUUUUCUACUACUAUUUAUCUACUCCUCCAACUUCCCCUCAUUCUUUUACACUUGCUUCUCCUCUUCCUCCUCCUCGCUCUUCUUCUUAUGUUCUUUCUUCCUUUUCUACGACUAUUUCUUUUCCUCCUCCAACUUCCCCUCGUUCUAUUCCUAUUGUUACUCCUGCUGCUGCUCCUCCACCUCCUGCUAUUCUUCCCUUCUCAUUCGAAUACUGACCUUUCUCACUGCCAUUUAUAUCUAUCUAUCUAUCUAUCUAUCUAUCUAUCUAUCUAUCUAUCUAAGUCUUUUUCUAUCUCUCAAUCUGUUUCUAUCUAUCUAUCUAUCUAUCUAUCUAUCUAUCUAUCUAUCUAUCUAUCUCAGUAUGUUCAUAUCUGUCUCAGGCUGUUUCCAUCUAUCUAUCUAUCUAUCUAUCUAUCUAUCGGAAAGAACAAUGAGAUUUAUAAUUCAGUGUUCCUAG